CUGGCCGAAACAACUGUCAUUUAGUGAGUGGACAUGAUGGGGAAGACAGAGCGAGAGCUGGUAAACACGAAUUAAACGUCUGAAGAAGUAUCAAAAACAACUUUUAAAGUUACUUGUGUAAUGGUUAAAGCUUUCGUCGGCAUGUGAUAGUAUCUUACAGAGAAGCAGCAACUUUUGCAGUACGUCUUUCUUACUGCGAUAGAAAUUACAUCCAGUUUCGGAGGAUGUCAGCCCCCAGCAACUCGCUUCAGCAGCCGAGGGUGAGACGCAGCAAUGCGGGCUCCCCCGGCUCGUUCAACAACAACAGCAGCUGCCGUUUGCACCCCAUCCGUGCCACCGUGCCCUACCAGCUCCUGCGUGGGGGUCCGAGCAGCCCGACCAGGGGGGGUCAGACUCUCUACGGUGGAACCACGAACAGCCGAGGCUCAAGUCCUCCCUCUAGCCCCUCAUUCAUUUCAGGAAGUGCAAAUUCUAAGCAAAGACUGUCCCCCGAAAACAAGGACUCCUCCUGUCCCCCAGACUCUCCAGUUUCCAGAGCAGAAAGGUCCAAGUUACAGGUUCGGAGUUCCAGUGCCAUCCGGCGCGCAUCUUCCCUGGACGCCAUUACAGGGCCAUACCUCACUGGCCAGUGGCCUCGGGACUCCCAUGGACCAUACCCUUCCUGUAUGAAAGACAAAGCCACACAGACUCCAGGUCUCUGGAUUGAUGAGGGAGCAGAACUGGGAAGUCUUCACCAGCGGUCAGCCUCCUGGGGCAGCGCAGACCACCUCAAAGAGCAGAUUGCUAAACUGAGACUGCAGCUGCAGCGCAGCAAGCAGGUCAGCCGUCAGAGUAAAGACAGGGAGCAGAGCUCACUGCAGCUGCAGCACCAGGCGCAGCAUGGCACUGCAUGCCAAACACAGUACAAAGGAACUUCAUCAGCCCUGUCAACAAUUCCUGUGCCAAAAUCCCUCAUAUGCAGGGUGCCGAGCAGUGUGGAGGGCAUCAGCCACGAGCUAGAAAAUGUGUUUAUCAGAGAGGACUGGGAGCAGGGGAUACAGGCCAUGGAUGUGGUAGAUGGCCGCCGUGCACCCUUCCCUCCGCAUCACUACAGCAGCAGUGGGGACAAACGUGACACAGACACACAGGCCCCUUCAAGCGGUGACUCAAGCCCGUCGCCCCGCCCCUGCAGCUCUGACCACGUCCACUCUCCUGAUGGAAGUCCCUGCUCUGCAGAGGAAAUCGACAAAGACGGCGUGUGCAGUUCUCCUCUCCCCAAGUUUGCCACCUCACCCAAACCUAACAACAGCUACAUGUUCAAACGCGAACCUCCAGAGGGCUGUGAGCGGGUCAAAGUGUUUGAGGAGCUGGUGUCUGACAAAUCAAAAGGCUUCCCUCUCUUCUCGUGCCCUGACAAAAACAAGGUGAACUUCAUUCCCAGGGGGUCUGCAUUCUGCCCUGUCAAACUCCUCUGCUCCUCCCUCUUCUCCCCCGUCUCUCCCUCAUCCUGCUCCUCCGCCAACCCCGGUCUCCAUGGCAAUGACAGCCCAGGGCCUCAGGUGACCCCAACUCUGCCCACCGCACCACUAGCUACCUUUCCGGCCUCCGCUGACUGGAGCACCGACACAAGCACAGGCAUAAACACAGAGCGCCAGAGCCCCGACACAGAUGUAGGGAAAGAUGGCUCGGCACAAGUUCUCCUCACCAGCUAGUCCUCAGGUAUUCAUAACCAAACCACCUGCAGCUGAAACAUUACAGCUACUCGGGUGGUAUGGCUUUAAAACAAAACAAAAACAAAAAAAUAUCCUUGCACUCCGUUAAUCCUAACGUUAGCCAGCAGGGAGUGUCCAAGGUCAAGAAAUGACAAACACAAAGUAGGAUAACGAUACCGACAUCCUGCCGCACAAGCUCGAUGGUUUGGUCGUUGUUAAGAGUGUGCUGACCUUGGGCACCUCAUCCCUUCACCCAUCACUAACCUAGCCUUCUCCUCUAUACCGUAACAACACCCAUAGCAAAAAUAGCUACGCCUUCCUUCGCACAAAAAAAAUAAAUGACUGCUAAAAUGAUUGUGUUAUGUGGAGGUUUUUCUGGAGAUGAAAACUCAAGUUUCACAAGAGACAACUAUGAAGUAUCAUAGAAACACAUUCUACUCAUGUUAUCUAACCAGCUUACUAGCUGUUCGGUGUCCUGCGAGCUAACAUCUAAAGUGCAUAUACGUAAGCUUUUUGACAGGAUGGGAAAUGCUCGAUUCAUGUAUUUAGCAUAUCGGGGUGUUUUACAGUCAACACAUUGCCCCACGUUAACCACAAUGUUUGCACUUGUUAAGACAUGGCUCAGAAUGAUACAGGCCGUGGUCUAUUUGUUUAUUUUUAAGUAUUUGUAGCACAAUGUCUUUAUGAAACCAGCAGUUGCUUGAGUGUUCCACCCAACAGGCUUACAAGCAAAGACCUACAUCUGCUUUUCUAGUCUGAAUACUAUUAAUUAGCUUAACACAAAAUGCAAAUAUUAGCUGUUUUUCAGUGACCAAAUAACCAAUCACGAAGCACACAACUCCCUCAUUGCCUUGUUUUAUUGCCCCACACUUUACAGAACAAUAACUCGGGUCAUGUGGAAUGUACUUGCUUGGACUAUGUUGCCUUUCCCCAGUGUUUGACUUUAUCUACAGAAAGACAUUCCAGUCUUUUGCAGAAAUGUUUAGUUUUUUUUCCCCCUGGAGAGGGAGAUUAUUACAAACUGAAUCAAGCGACUGGUGUCACAUCUCGUAACGGAUGGCUUUUGCGUUAACCUGUUCAGGUUAGAGUUUCAGGUGCUACGACACAUUCCAGAGAUCGCUGUUGCAUAGGUCAACCGUGAGUACUCGUGUAAGCAGAACUAGCUACAUAAGCUACACCCUCCCGAAUUGAGACGUUGACAGAUAUGUCGUCUGAUUCUACCCUUAGUUAAAUAUGUACCAAAGCAAAUUGCAAAACUAUGACAGGCCUGUCAUGUAUUUGGGACGCAAGAGAAACCAUUUUUGUGCCAGAAGCGGAAUGUUUAUGUGCAUUUUGUUUUGUUUAUACACAUUUUAGCGACAUAUAAACACUGGUUCAUAGUGUUGGAAACAAACACUAUGAUUGUUGAACACAAGCCUAAGCACUUACUUGGAAGUGAAUUGAUAAUCACUAUUUUAAAACGAUCAGAACUUGAGUGUGCAAUUGAUUUUUAGUUUGAAGUAAAGGUACACUAACAAAUAUGUGUAACACAGUUUGACUCGAUAUACAAAUCCAACCAAAUGUGCCCUAACGUUACCUGCACAAGUUGUAUCACCAGCCCAUAUUUAAAAAAACUUAAAAACACAAAAAAACAAUGCUUCAGUCGUUAAAUGGGAGAGAUAAACUAGUGACUGUUUCAUUCCAAAACUUUGUCUAUUAAGCCACUUGCACACAUAAACACAAAUAUGAACAAUAUGCAACACAUUCCACACAAAUUUAAGUUGCAAUGUUCUCCUCUGCUUGCAGCUCGACGAGUUUCAAUCAUACUAAUUCUGAUUCUAUUCACAAGCUCAUUGUGCAGUUAAGAAAUGGUUGCCAUGUUUGGCAAUAAUGAUUCAGUUCUCUUGUGUACAACGCAUUUUUAUGUAGUGUGCGUGUGUGUGCGUGCGUGCGUGCGUGCGUGUGUGUGUGUGUGUGUGUUUUUCAAUAAAGAAAACAAAAAAGUA